AACUACGUUAAUCAAUAAUACAAAAUAUAUUUUGUACAUAAAUGAGAUAUGUGUAGUCAUUUUUGUUAAAAUUGUAAUUAUUAAAAAUAAAAAUAAAAAAUUUACUUAACAUAAAAAAAAGUUUCAAUGUGCACAAUAUUUCAUAAUUUAUGUCUUCUAUGUUGGUACUUUGUACCUUAGUAAAUGGCAACACUGUGCUAAUGCAUUUAUGUCCAGUCAAAGAGGACCUUAUACAUUUAAUGUUUAAAGGCGGUCAUUUAUUUCGAAACUCUCGCCUGUUAUUAAUGUGCUGAAUAUUUAGGGGUGAAAAAUGUUAUAAGGUGUUCUCUUUAUAAUUCUCAAGUCAUUGCUCUACGAAAAUGAAAAGAAUAUGUGUCCUACUGAUGUUUUUAGAUAUUUGGACAACUGGAUACAGCCAAAAUGGAGAUUCAAAUCAAAAAUCAAUGGGUCGAAAAUUAUGUCCACCAAUGGAAAACGUACCGCAGCCCAUUAAUCGAGUCAACACGUCUGCUAUCCUUCAUGAGUUAAGAAAUGAAAUGAAGAAAAGGAAUGCACACCACGGACCUCCAAUUGAUGCAUAUAUCGUUCCAGAUACAGACGAACAUCAAAACGAAGAAGUGGCGGACCAUGACAAGAGACUGAAAUAUCUGUCGGGAUUCAGUGGUGUCGGCGGGGUGGCUGUCGUGACACAGACUAAAGCAGUUUUCUGGACUGGGUGGAUGUACCACAAACUGGCGGACGAAGAGUUGUCUUGUGAUUGGCAGCUAUUGGUCUACGGAGAGUCGAAAAGACUAGUCGAAUGGUUGCUGGACGAGUUAAAGCCUAAUUCCAGGGUAGGUGCUGACCUUAAGCUCAUUUCAAACGGUGACUGGGAAUUCUUGUAUCACGCGUUGGCAAACGAGUCCAUCAGCUUGGUGCCCAUCAACAACAACCUUAUCGACAUGAUUUGGAUAGACAACCGGCCCGAUAAUCCAACACGCGAAGCAUACGUCUGGCCGCUAGAAUAUGCAGGCAAGAGAUGGCAAGACAAGUUGGAUGCGACCCGCGAUAAAAUUAAAGCUAUGGGGUGUGAUGCAAUGGUCGUGACGGCUUUAGACGAGAUCGCAUGGCUGCUGAACAUUCGUGGCCACGACAUACCUUACGGUCCUUUCCUCAAAUCGUACGUUAUCGUUAGCAAAGACCAGUUACAUCUAUAUACUGAUUCCGUGAAGCUCAGUCCUGACGUUCGGAAACAUUUGCACACUGACAACUGCAUUUCGGCCCAUUGCGCCAGGCUCCACGAUUACGAAGCCAUAUGGAUCGACCUGAGGACACUGUCGCAGAUUUGGCAAAAAGUGCUAAUACCGUCUGCCACGGAGUACAACAACGGAGCGAGCAGAUGCAUUUACAUUUUGAUCAAUACUGAAAAGAGAAAGCAGGCUCCUUCGCCAAUCAUGUACAUGAUGGCAGAAAAGAAUUCCGUCGAAAAAGAAGGAAUGCGACUCUCACACAUUAGAGAUUCGGCGGUUGUGUGUAAUAUAUUGGCCAAGCUUGACGAACAGUUUAAAUAUGGACAGCAACUCACCGAACUUGCAGUGGCUAACAUGGUGGACAAGUACAGAAGCGAGCAAAACUUCAGUCGUGGUGUGAGUUUUAAAUCCAUUGUAGGAUACGGACCCAACGGGGCUAUACCACAUUAUACACCAUCGACUUCGAGCAGCUUGAAAAUUGAUCACAUUAGCACUUUGGUCAUUGACAGUGGUUCUCAUUACUGGGAUGGAACUACGGAUGUGACUAGGACGGUGCACUUCGGACAGCCGUCGGCUGAACAAAUCGAAGCGUACACGAGGGUGUUGAUGGCUUCCAUCGAUCUUGCGUCGUUCACAUUUCCUCACGAUUUAAUACUUAAUCAGAUUGACGUAAUCGCCAGGGCACCGCUCUGGGAUAUUGGUUACGACUACAACCACGGUACCAGUCACGGGAUCGGAGUGUUUCUCAAUGUACACGAGGCACCUGUUAAUAUGUAUUACGGACGAAAGUCAAGUGACGUAGUGCUCAAGGAAGGAUAUUUUAUAUCUGACGAGCCCGGUUAUUAUAAAGAAAAUGAUUUUGGUGUACGACUAGAAACUAUAUUAGAAGUGAUUACAAAGAACGAAACAAUGGGCAAAUAUUUGACGUUCAUGCCGAUCACUCUAGUACCGUUCGAACCAAAGCUCAUCGACUACUACAUGCUCAGCCCAAAACAAGUGCGGUGGCUAAACGCUUACAACGACAAGAUCCGGAAAAUGGUGGGCGUCGAGCUCCUAAAGUACAACAGCAGUCGACUAGGCUAUGAAUGGAUGAUGGAGCGAACGAUGCCGUUGUUUUCGGAUGCGCGCAGGAACGAGGUCUGCACCUUGGUCGUCGCAGCGCUAAUUGUCGCGAUUGCUACCGUCAACUUGCUGACUGUUUAAAACAUAACCGAUUCCCCGAAAACAUCGUAUUAUUAUUAUUAUUAUUAUUUCUAUCAUUUUUAUUUUAAUAUCGAUUAAUAAAAAGCGUUACGAAAAACGCGUAUAUGUUGCGAUGACGCCGAUAGCCGAAAUUUCGCCAAUGACAUAGUAUGUAUUAUUAUUAACGUACUCAACAAACGUUAAAAAAAAAAUCGUAGAUAUUUUAUUAGAAUACUUCAUCGAA